AUGAUUGGCGAAUUGAGCGCUUUUACGCUUUUUGACACGACCGAAAAUGUUAUAAAUUUAACGAAUUAUAUGGAUAACAACCUUCAUGUAUUAUACUAUGCGGCCGAUGAGAAAAUCGCAAGAGACUUUCUUGUCACAUUGUACACUACUGGUCAAGCAUAUAGCGAAAGGCACAAUUAUCAUGUCUCCAAAAACAUCCCAGCCACAGAUAUUAUGAUUCAUCCUAAUUUACAUUCGAUAGAGUUUAGGGAUCGUUAUGUGAUGUCUAUCGACAUAUACGCAGAUGGACGUGUACAACUUAUGUAUUCAUCUACCGCAAUAUACAGUGGCCCAAUUGCAUUAAAUUUACUACAUAAUGCGUUGCUGCGCUACCAUUGUGGCUCAGAUUGUUGGAUCAAAUUGACGAGUCGACCAUUAAUACACCCGGGACAGUGGCAGCAUUUAUUAGUCCACCCACGCAGUAUCCGGAAUUGGGAGAAUGCCGCUAUAAUAAUGACUUUGUUUCUUCUCCUACCGUCUAUCGAUAUGGGGAUACGGGAGCGAAAUACGCUCUCGAAGAUGCUGCAGACCAAUACGGUCGGCGUGUCUACGCGAAUUUAUUGGAUCUCGAUGUAUAUCAUUGAUUUUCUAUUGUACACGUUCUCCAUAAUAUUUCUUGGAAUUGCAAUUUUAAUCGCCUAUCAUCCUGCUGUGCAGAAUUAA